AUGGAGGCAGCAUUACCACAUUUUCAUCGACUGACAACUUCGCGAUUCUAUCAACAUUAUGCAUCUCCUCCUUUAAGAAUUACCAAUGAAUAUCUUCACGAUCUUGUCCCACAACAUCCUCCAACCUUACUCCAGCAAUAUUUAGCAUACUAUAAUGAACCUUUAGUGCCUCUAGAUCUGUCCUUAAAAUCCACAACUCCAAUAACUCCACCAUGCACACCACCGCCAUCUCAGAAGAAAAGAUCAAAUGAAGAUAAAACACCAAACGUAAAAUCACCUAAAAUAUUUCGACAUUUCGAAGAUCCAGAUGAAAAUAAAUCUGAUUCAGACAAUAAAUCAGAGAAAAGGGAAAGAGAUGACGAAAACUCUAACGAUAGUGAAAGCCCCGAAGCGAAAAAGCUUAAAUUUACUAAACAAUUUUUUGAUGAACUCAAAACCUGCCUCCCUUCAGAACCGGAAACUCCAUCCAAAAGUGAAAGAAGUUCGCCAGAUAUUGUUGAAAUUAAAGAUGUCGAAGAAAGGCCUAAAAAAUCUCCAAAACCAGUAACUCAACCGGCGAAGAAGAGCAAAGCUGUAAGAAGGUUGAUGUUUGAUGAAGACAAAACUUCUCCUGUCUCUGGAACAAUUAUUCGAGAUCUUGCUGAAGAUGAAACACUUGUUGUCCGGAAGGGUGACAUAGACCCAGCAUUCAACGUGGUGGAAGUGACAGAGGAAGCCAAGGCGCUGAUAGCAAGCAUUGAGAACCGCCUUGGAAGAUACAUCUGCAGGCUGUGUCGGAGGCUGUACGGCGACGCGUUCGCGCUGGCCCAACAUCGGUGUUCCAGGAUCGUGCACAUUGAGUACCGGUGCCCUGAGUGUGAUAAGGUUUUCAACUGCCCAGCGAACUUAGCCUCUCACCGGCGCUGGCACAAGCCCCGAGUGCCCGGGGCCACCAAACGCCGUGACGCCCCCUCUUCGGAAUCCGGCCGGUUUCCUUGCCAGCAGUGCGGGAAACUGUUUCGGAGACAGGCAUACCUAAGGAAGCAUAUGAUGGCUCAUGAACUACCAGAAAAUGAUGCAGAGAAGGAACCUUCAGCGUUUAGACAAGUGCAAUCGGAUUAUUCUGCUUAUCAACCUGAGCCGAUUCGCGACACAAACUUCAACACAUUCUGGAACAAGAUCCCGCCACCACCUCCAGAGCUGAACUGGGAGGAGGUCAGAACUCGUUGCGUUUCCUCCUGCUCCUCGGAAGACUCCAGGAGUCUUGACGUCACGGGGUCUGAGGACGAAGGAGGCGGGGUGGGGGACGGCUGA